CCAAUAAUUUCAUAUUAGAGCAUUUAAGUACACUUAAUACAGUUGUAAUAUUAGAGAGUCGUACUUGCAUUCGAUACUCGUAUUCGUUCUAAGUGCUGAAUCGCUGAAGCGUGAGAUUCGAACUCACUUGAACACUCGCAUCACCUUUCAGUGUUUCGAAUCUACAGUAUCCGCGAACGUUGGGCCUCAGAUUCCCGUGUAACCUUUCUUUAGCUCCAACGAUAAAUGUAAUUUGGUUUAUCUGCGAAACAACAAGAGGUUUCGCAAGACAUCGUAGUAGCUUUUAGCUGCGCAUACGGCAAGCAAAAGCAUAUGCAACGUAAUUCAGCCUAUUAAGCCAGAGGAUUGUUGGGAGUGAACCCUGGGAGUGAGAAAGGUCGCUCUGCUGCAAAUUGCGCAUAACCUGAUAAUCACACUGCGCAAGUAGUCGGUGUGGGAAUGGACGGUAAUAAGGCGUUUUCCAACGAAACCCAACCAACUUUGAAUGUCCAGCAAUGGAGCUGGUGGGCGACACAUGCGGAUGGAUCGACUUCAAAUUUGAGCGAAUUUCCCGAAAGCGAAACGCUGCAUCCCACAACAUCGGCCUUAUUACCGGAACAAGGCGCUACCAGCAGCUACGCUAAUGAUUAUGGCGAAGAUUGGUUGGCGGAGCAACUGGCCAAUAUUCCCUUGUUGUCCGCGGACGGCAGCGAAUCCCAUGAACUGUUCCAUACUCAAAAAGACGCUGACCAUCCGCAUUAUGCCAUCGUGCCCGACCGGGAACUGGUGGCCAUUUUAGGUGGACAUGUAGACCGCGAUACGAUUUACUGGUUGCUGGCCAAUUUCAAGUUGGAGCGCAACGCGGUGAUGCCACGGGGAUUUCUGUACAGUAAAUACGAAGCAUUCUGCAAUGCCCAUGGUAAACUGCUGAUGAAUCAAGCCUGCAUGGGUAAGACCGUGCGGGCGCUGUUUCGUGGUCUGGAAACAAGACGGCUCGGUCGCCGCGGCAAAUCCCGUUACCACUACAUUGGCCUGGCCAUUCAUCCAGAAGGCGAAUUUGCGGGCAUGGUGCCGCUGGAACCGGAGGAACCAGCACCCGAACCGGGGGAAGGCGAGCGAAAGCGGCGAAGAAUUUCGCGCAUAACAAUGGCGGCCAAGAAAGUCCCAGACAACCCCGUUGGCAAGCAGUUCGAGACAAUGGACCCGGACAACCGGCUGGAGAUGGCGCUGGACCAGUUGGAUAAGCUCCUGUCUGUCCGCCGCAACCGGGCCCUCAUUCCCCCUCGCCUCCGACAGGAACACCUGUGGGAUUCGAUGCUGUCCUUUGACUACUACCUCCUGCCUGAUGGACUCACCAAACAGGAUGUCCACGACAUUCUCCGCAAUUUUCGCGUACAUGUCGGGCUUUUAGGUCACUCCAUGAUAAGCGGCGUGUUGCUGGCUAUACCGAGUAUUUUGGAGAAUUACUGGAUGACGCACAUUACCAGCCUGCAGAUUCCGGAAAAAUUUGACGUGCAAAAGUUUGACUUGGCACUACAGUGGCAGCCGCUGGUGGAAUGCUUUGGACACUGUCUGGUGGAACUGUACGGUUCUGUCAUCGAACAGAUUCUGCCAAAAAUGGACAAACCUCUUAACGGUCAAACUCUGGAAUUCCUGUUUGAAUUCGCCAGCAAAUAUGCUCAGUGGGUGAAAGCAACCGCCAGUCAUCUGUCGUUCGAGAUUCAAGUAGUGCUCAACGCCGCUGCUGUUACCUUCUGCCAAACACUAAAACAGAUGAUUGCGCUAAACAGUGCCCUUAGCAUGGUGGACUUAGUGGAACGAGACCGAUCCAAAGCCAACAUGAUCAGCGAAGGGUUUCGCGCGCUUUCCGACCGCUUCAUCCUGAUUGCCAACGUGAGCCAACCGCGCGAGCAACUGAUCAGUGCCAUCCACAAUCUGACCAUCAUGGAAUCCAUCGUGGGCCAUGAUUCCAUGCUGCAGCGCUGGCGCGGCUGGACUCACAACAUGAUCUCCAUUAAAGUGGAGCAGGCGCAACAGGCGGCAGCUGGUCUGUCGGACGGGGAGGCUAUGCUGGUUAAGGAAGCGGCCCUGUCCGAUCUUCGACAAAUCUGGAUGGGUCUGUUAACCGAGAUGCAGAAGAACGUGGAGCGAUCGGGCCGCGAUUACUCCACGCCGCUGACUUACGUUCUCAGUUACUACAUCCACUAUGCGAAUUAUGCAUUGGAUAAUUUCCAGGCCAACUUACACCGAAUGACCUUAUUGCAAUACGGCUAUCAGAUGUGCAAACACGUCCUGCAGACCACCGACUACCUCCACACGGCGGCCGCGCCCCACUACGACAUCAGCUUCUUCGCGCAGCGCUUGAUCCACACCCUGAACAUCAACGUGUACGACUUCCACUACUACGGCAACUUUGACGAGCUGCGCCCGCUGAUCUAUCUACCCCAUUUCGGACGACGUCAGCAGCCGGCGUUCCCGACCUUAUCGCACAACUUCCAGCUGGACGCGGCCGUCGUACCGGUGGCCAUGCCGUCCACGGACGCCCCACCGUACACGGACGCCGUGGUGCCGGUCAGUAUGGAGGAGGGCACCUCCGUGGAGCAGUACGUGGAGGCCGACGGGACGCACAGUUUUCCGGUAUUCCAUGUCCGUGAUUCGCUGCUGACCGAACAGGAUCUCAUGACGCUGGAGGCCAUUGAGGCCGCCGCGCAUCUCGAUGUGGAAGAGAGCUAUCACGACUAAUUGCAAUCUGUGUUAAAUUAUGGUUCGAUUGGUGUACCGUCGUACAUAAAAAUUAUAACCUGCUUGUACUGUUAUUUAUUUAGUUGGGCAUGUUAUUACGAUGGGCUACGAUGUGGUGUAAAGCAGAUUCUGAACGACUGGGGAACGAUGAUACCAGAUGCUCCAAAGAAACAGCUUGGUACUUGUAUGUAUUUGUUUGUUCUUUCAAGAUUGAACGGCUUUUUAUUUAC